AUGACAAUAAGUUUCUAGUCAUGCUAAUAAUUGAAAAUAAUUGAAUAUCUUUAGUAUCAUGAAUAAAUAUUAGCUAUAUUGGGGUUUUAUUUUAAAAACUAUUUUCGAAUGAGAAGAUCAACGUGUAACUGGUGCUAUCAUUAUUAUUGUAAAUAUCUACUGUUAUUAUAGAAUCGAUUGUUUCUGCGAGUAAGUAUUUCAUUCAAUCGAAUUACCCAAACAGUCACAGAUUGUGUACGAAGCACGAUGGAGUCGUUUUACGUUCACCAACCUUCAAUACGGAUAAAGCAAGAGCCGAGUGAUGAUUUGUUUUGCAAUGACUACUUCAAGAACAAUAUGACGUUUCGACGCAAUAUCGGAAAAUUUGAAAAUAACACAGGCCAGUACGGCAAUGCUACUCGUGGUCAAGGACAGGAGAACACUUUUUCGGUGUUACAAAAUUUAACUGGCGAUGAAAUUAUACCAGAGUUUGAAUGUCACGAUGUAAAGCCAACUAUUAAUUUCUUGCCAACAAAAAUAACUGACUCUGAAUAUGUAAAUGGCUUUGAUAACAUAAAAAAUGAAGAAAACUUCAGUUACAACGACGAAGUUAUAGAGGGAGUUGUAAAUAAUAUAAAAUCAGAAUUUUAUGUCAAUAAUGAAGAAAAGACAAUUGAGAAAUUUAAUCUCAUGCCCUUACAAUUUUAUGACACCAAUGAGAGUGAUGUGAGAAGCAAUGUAAGAUUUGAAAAUUUCAAGAAAGAGACUUCAAUUCAAGAAGGCAUCGCUACUCACCAUCGGUGUGCAAAGUCACUUACUUUUGAAAUGAAAAAAGACAAAUUUAGUUCCGUGUCUAAUACCAGUAAUGCUUUGAGAGCAGUAUAUGGAUCUGAAAAAGAUGAGCAGAAGAACAUCAGUUCUGUUCACAAAAACUUGAAACCUUACAAAUGCGAAGAGUGUCAAAAAACAUUUGGACGAAAAAGUAAUCUUCAAAGGCACAUCAAUUUGUUGCACAAUAACUUGAAGCCUUACACGUGUGAAGUGUGUCCGAAAGCAUUCGGACUCAAAAGAGGUCUAACAAGACACAUCGAUUCUGUUCACAAAAAGUUAAAGCCAUACAAGUGCAAAAUAUGUCAAAAAGAAUUCGGAUUAAAAUCUAAUCUUGAAAAACAUAUUGGUGCAGUGCAUAAAAAUUUGAAACCUGUUAAGUGUGAAGUUUGUCAAAAAGAAUUCGGAUCAAAACAUAAUCUCAAAAUGCACAUUGGUGCAGUGCAUAAAAACUUGAAGUCUUUUCAGUGUGAGAUUUGUCCAAAAGUAUUUGGGCUAAAAGGUAAUCUCAAAAGACAUACGGAGGCAGUGCAUAAAAAUGUUAAGUCAUACAAAUGUGAAGUAUGUGAAGGAGUAUUCAGACAAAAAAGUACUCUUCAAACGCACAUCAAUUUGUUGCACAAUAUCUUGAAGCCAUACACGUGUGAAGUGUGUCCGAAAGCAUUCGGACUCAAACGAGAUCUAACAAGACACAUCGAUUCUGUUCACAAAAAGUUAAAGCCAUACAUGUGUAAAAUAUGUCAAAGGGCAUUUGGAUUAAAAUCUAAUCUUGAAAAACAUAUUGGUGCAGUGCAUAAAAAUUUGAAACCUUUUAAGUGUGAAGUUUGUCAAAAAGAAUUCGGAUCAAAACAUAAUCUCAAAAUGCACAUCGGUGCAGUGCAUAAAAAGUUGAAACCUUUUAAGUGUGGAGUUUGUCAAAAAGCAUUUGGGCAAAAAAUUCAUCUUAAAACACAUACAGAAUCAGUGCACAACAAUUUGAAACCAUACUAGUGUGAAGUAUGUUUAAAAAUCCAUGAGAAAAAAAAAUGAUCACACAAAAUAUAUUAUUUCUGU